AUGUCUCUUCCCAAGGCAUUAGCACAGAUCCUCUUUGUGGGCACGCAGAUCGUCGGGAAAGCAUUGUUGGAAGCUGGACGACAGGCAGGAAGGAAUGCCCGUGCAGGCAGGGUAGAGGCUUCGGCAGCGGGUGCUGCUGGUGUUGGCUCUGGAUCAGCAGCUUCACCAUCCGAUCAGCUCACAAGAACACAUCGCAUGACGCUCGAUGAGGCCAAGCUCAUUCUCAAUCUAAAGCAAGACCUAUCGGCGGCUGGCCUCGGAGGUGCAGCAUCAUCAAUACAAGGCGAGGGCAAGUCGGUCCUUGACGAGGUCCGCGAAGCUAUGGUCAAAAACUACGACCACCUUUUCGCUACCAACGCGCCACCAGCACCAAAGGGUCAGAAAGGUGGCGGAGCCGGCUCUUUCUACAUCCAGAGCAAGGUUGUUCGCGCACGCGAGAGGAUCGAAGCCGAAUGGCGUCUCUUGAAUGCAGGCAAGAACGCUGAAGCCGAAGCCGGCGCCGCUGAGACUCCUUCGACUGGAGCUAAUGCUGAUCAGGCUGACAAGAAGCCAUGA